AGAGCCGUACGAGAGUAAUCUAACAGGAGAAAAAAAAGAUUAAAAACAAAAAUCAAAGAAGGAAGAAAGUAAAAAACAGAAGGGCAAGAUCGCUUCGCUUCCUGUGGUCACGUGCUCUCACAAACAUUUAUUCAGAACUUGAAUUUACGUUCCCUCAGAGUCAGCCCUAAAUCUGAAAGCUCCUCCUUCCCGCCCCCAGCACAGAGAACCGUCCGAGUUUCGUACCCUCCAAACUCCCGCCUAAUCUCUCAGAGUCUCAACUGGCUAUCGCCGGUAAUCAUCCGUACAUUCCCCGGUUGUGGAAGCUAGGGUUUCCGUCGAGUCGCACGCUGACCAACAACAACAAUGAGUGCUGUGAAUAUCACCAACGUCACCGUCCUCGACAAUCCGGCUUCGUUUCUCACCCCCUUUCAGUUCGAGAUCUCCUACGAGUGCUUGACCCCUCUCAAAGACGAUUUGGAAUGGAAACUCAUCUAUGUGGGGUCUGCUGAGGAUGAGACUUAUGACCAAUUAUUGGAGAGUGUGCUUGUUGGGCCUGUCAAUGUGGGAAACUAUCGUUUUGUGUUGCAGGCAGACCCGCCAGACCCAUCAAAAAUUCGUGAAGAAGAUAUUAUUGGUGUGACAGUGCUUCUUUUGACAUGCUCUUAUCUGGGUCAAGAAUUUGUCCGCGUGGGCUACUAUGUGAACAACGAUUAUGAUGAUGAGCAGCUGAGAGAGGAACCUCCACCAAAGGUCUUGAUUGAUAGGGUUCAAAGGAACAUUUUAUCUGAUAAACCCAGGGUCACAAAGUUCCCCAUCAAUUUCCACCCAGAGGACAGUGAAAGUAGAGAACAACCACCUCCACCUGAUCACGCAGCUGAGACUGAUAGAAAUGGGGAAGAAUUGCCUGUUUCACCUGAUUAUCAUCCUUCUGACGAGCAGGGACCUUAAAUCAUGCAAUCACAGGAACUACCUCGAAUCCCUGACCUUCCAAUUUUCUCAUACAAGGUAUAUAUCAUGGUAAUCAUUUUGGAGGCCAAAAUUUUGGGCGAAUUUCAACUUUACAAAAAUGCGAAGUAAAUGUUUGUGGAAGUGGUGGUUGAAUUUCUGGGGUUCACCUUGGUUUUGGGUUGUUAAAAAUCCUAUUUUGUCAAGUUGAUUACUGUGGUGCAAGUUGUAUUCGCAUUCGCAUUUGUUCGAAACACAAAUUCUGGUCUCAUUAGUUUUUGUCAAUUAGGCCUUAUUAGUUCUUGGUGUUCA